AUGCCUCUGCCGACGCUGCUACGACAGGCCCGCGAAAUCUCCGUCGUUAUUGAGCGACAGCUGCCUUCGGGUGUGUGAGCAUUCCUCCAUGUCCUGCAAUUCUUCACGCUCUCCUGAUAUCCUUUUUUGCAUUGCCUCAUCCCACUUGAACGGGGCACAUAAAGUAGCUAGGCUAUUCUUCACACAGUUCCCUGCUUAAUUCUUACGCUCUAAUGUAUUGCUGAAAAAAGAUUACCCAGUCACCUGUUAGUCUUAAUUGAGUGCAAAUUGAUCUGACUGGCCUAUUAUUACAGUUCCGUCCUCCGGUUGUAUAACUGUCUUAAUAGGGCAUUGAAUAGGUUCGUAACGUCUGCGAUUUCAGUAUCCACUGUUCUUUUCUCUCGGCGCGUUAUACUUGUACGUGUUAUGAUAUCCCAUUAAGCGAUCGUUAGAGACACAAUGAACGGUUUUUGACUCCGCCCUUGGGCUAACUUGUCUGUUUUGCAUGCUUCGUUCAUCCAAGGUGUCGACCUUGAUUUAGUGCCUGUAAAAGGCUGUUUGCUUUUCUACCCAGUAAAAUGAAGGAGCCGUAAACUCCUGCUUGUCAUUAUUUAAUGGAAAACCCGAAGAACAUGGCAGUAUUCUAGUUGUUGACAAAUUCGCGUUGCGUUGCUCUUUGCGUUGUUUCUCUUCCUGUCUUCAGUCACUGGUAUUUCAAGCUUCUUUUGAGGCGUCAAACUCAUUACUACUACCGAUAUUGCCCUUGAUUACGCGAACUGUAAUCCUGUUGAUGAUCGUGGUGAUGCCGGCUGCUAGAUUGCCAUUCAUUCAUUCAGCGUUGUCUAACUUAAGGUGUUGAAAGUCCACUCCACUGGCGUGUGCAACUGUGUGGUUGACGGUAUACCCCCUCUGGACUUUAUUACCAGCCUUUGCACAUCGGAGAGUUGAGAAUAAAUAACGUCCAACUUUCCUGACAUCUGAAAUGUCGUAGGAGUUCGCCUAUAGGAAAGUUCAGCUAUGUAUAAAUCAUUAAAAAUUGAGGCAGUUUCGCGUCUGUCCGCUCGGGAAUUUAAUAUAACUGACUUUUAAUGUUUCAUUUUUUCGACGGGAAGAAAUCGCGAAUCCAAGGGCAACCAUAGUUUUUGACCUCGACAUUCGACGCGCAGCACUGGUUUUACCUCGCAGUCCCAAUGAAGGCUCGCGGCCUAUUUUCGACCGUCCAGAGGUUUGUCCACUUCAGCCCGAUCAUUGUUUCACCUAUGGUACAUUUUCAUGCAUCCACUUCUCACAAUCAUCCCGUUCAUUUUCUUGUUGUAUUCUCUGCCUCAUAUCACUGGGCCCUUUGCUUAUUAUUUUACAUAGCUCUGAUAUUUUUUCAAUGAUCCUUUCAAAAUUUGGCUACCCAAGUCCGGGGCAGGUACUUAACCCUCCGUCGUAUUUAGGGGCUAUAAUUUUUGUCCAUGUGUGGCACUCUAAUUAUUUCGAGCGUCCGCCACCCUACCAUUCUAUCAUGUGUAUAUUUUUCCUACUUAAUUUCACCAUGUCUUCGAUUUAGAUCUACGUAGAAGACAAUAUUUUUGAGGGACCCAACGUAAUUCUCUGAGGGAAGAUGAUAUUCAUAGGGAUCACGUGACGGUUUGCACACUUACCUCAAUCAAACGAGGCUCAUCGUUAACUAACACACACCUCCUUUUCAAGACAGUAGGUCAUUUUUGGGAGGAGGUUGUGUCGUAGGAAAGUGCUAGUUGAAAUAUAGUCACCACUUGCAUGCGUUCUGACAACGUGCAACGAACAUAAAUGAAAGUGAGCUCAUCAUAUUCACAGUACAGCUACUACUCAAAACCCGUGUACAUGGAAAGUCGUGUCCAAGUCUUUCACGCGAUAUUUCAGUCGUCACAAGUGACCACACCCACCAAUGCUUCAGGGGAUGGGUUUAGUGCGUUUGUUUACAGGAAAACUGAAUUAUGCCGCGCCCACAUUAUUUCCACACAUCCACUGCUUUCAGAUGGUAAGACAACCGGCGGACAACCCAUUACGACCUGGUCCCUAAACCAACACACAGUAGGCUUCUUUGACGGGGUCGCCGAUCUCAUAUGAUUGAGGGCGGUGUAGCUGUUGCAUUAUGAAGAAGCCAUUAGAGUCUGCUCCCCAGCUCUAAAUAGGGCCGAGUUAUCCCGUCUGCCGGAAACGAACCCGGGAAUUUUACCGCGUCCUAUUUCUCACAGUAAAGAAUGCGUUUUAUUGUUAUAGUGAAGGUGUACCUCGGUACAAGCUCCACUCGCUCACCCUUCCUGCCUCCAUGUAUCAGUGGCCUGUCCCGGCCCGUUGGUCUACGGGUAUUGAGAUUGGUUAGAAUAACCGACGUGGCGUAAAAGCCUCCGUCUACAUGUGUCACACGGGUGCUGAUACACCACACCAACAUGGCAGUAAGACGCUGGACCAUAUUCCUAUAUCGUGUCUACUUGUUCCAUUUAAGUAACUUGCUUUACAUCAGCAGUAAUCUCUGCGACACUGCCGCCAACAGCACAUUUCAAAAAGGUACAGGUAGAGUUUCAAAUUGAUUCAAUAGUCAAAAAAGGUAGGACACGGGAACAGGAACCCACCCCAUCGCACAGGGAACGUUUCGCCAGAUUCCAGGGGGAUUAAGGUCAGCUUUAGGGCUUACGAUCAAGUUUUGGGUUGAGGUUGGGGUUAGGACACGGGAAUGUCUGCCCUUCCGGGAAUUCAACACAAAGCCACGUGUAUUGCGGGGAGUCCCCAUGUCCCGUGUCAUGCCGUAGAAAACGCUGUUUGCACGUAAUAUCCGUUUUAAUGUAGUAAGCAAUCAACGGCCAAAACCCUCGGAAGGUGUCUUGGUAUGAAAAGUCAAAAUGCUUGCUAGUGCAUAUUAAGCUACCCAAGUCAAAUAAGUAGCCGUGAUAUAUGCAUAAAGUAUGUGAGGAGGGGUUCCUAUUCCCCCAAAUCACCGACCACCGAAAUGUAGAAGCGAGGUGUGCACGUGAGCACAUAAUAACGCCGAAAACUAAAUCGCCUGACUGUUGCAUAAGCGCUGUGUGGUAAUUUGACCGACUACCAUAGUUUUUGUGCAUAUGGCCGGAUAAGCCCAUGUGAUGGCUUAAUGCGCAGGUGCAGUCUGGAUGGGGAAGAGCGGUGUGCCGGGUGCUGCUAGAAAGUCCAGGCACUGGUUCUUCGCUUGCAUUGCGAUGGGCUCGUCCGUGUACGGCCCGAUCGAUAGGGGAUAGGAAUGUGCGGCCGCAGUGGGAACAGAUGUACGCUGUGUUUCCGCCAAGUUGUCUGACAAGGGCGAACUCAGAACGCGGCGAGUCCGAAACAUCUGGCGACCAGCUGUCCAGUCUCUUCGCCUGGGACGUGAUGUUACAGUUAGGGGGCAAGAGGGAGUUUAGGUUGUAGCAGGUUACGUUUCAUGGAAUUAGAAAUACGACUGGUUGUGCUGACAUUCUGUCGGAUCCAGUGCUAUCCAUCGCCGUCAAUCGACGUUCUAAAUGUUAGUUGUCAGAGAUUGAACGUUAGCAGUUUUGGUCCGCUGCACUCUAGUCGUGCGUGCUUGUUGCUCUACCUUGGCCGUUGCCGCCAGACUGGUUUCGUAGAUGAGUGCUCUCAUCUCCACAGCAGUACGCAAAGCUUGACGACCCGAUGCAAGGGUUUCCCAGGCCAUUUGGUUGAUUUGAAGGUGGCUUGAAAAAGUCUACUGGGUGUUCCUGUAUUUCACUUUGCCUUCAAUCCCCCUAGACGACGUCACCGCAGGGCAACCGCUUUGGCAGGUACUCUUUAACCAUCCUUACGACGUGACCUUGCAAUCGUAGUGGGACCUCCCUUAGGAUAGCAUGGCCACGACACACGAUCAUUCUUUCGAGGACCCCCAGAUCCUAGACUCGUUUCUGACACCCCUAUCAGACUUUUACGGAAGUGGAUUAGGUGAUAGUAGGUCUUGCCUAACUUUGCUACGUUUUCUACAUGUCGCGACUUGGGGGGACGUAGUCAGGACGACGACCCGGUACAUUCUGAGUUUGUGUUGGGGAGAAUGCCAUAGCGAUUGCAGAUUAAAUUUUGAAACCUGCCGAAAUCGAGCUUGAGUUGAAGAUCCAGAUUGCAAUUGCGUCUCCGAUUUUAUGCCUCUUCAAAUCAUAAUUCCCAGGUACACGAUCUUGUCCACAGUUGCGAAGUCAGCUUUACUGGCACUUAUUAUGGGUUUAUCAUAUCAAUAAGCUGGCGGCGAUUGUUAAACGUGACCACUGUCUUCUGCAUGGUACUGGAUAGUCAGGUUUUACUGAACGGAAGCAAGGAAGUCCACGCCCCGCAUUAUGUCGAGCCGCAGUCAUCUGCGCAUAGCAGGUCGUGGACAUUGCCACUGGAUACUUUUGUUUCUGCCUGCGUACGUUGGACGUUGGGGAGUUCUCUCUCGACCCCACUCCUUAUGGGGAAGAGCACUGGACUGGAGAAAGUGGAAGCAAGUACACAACUCUGCCUCAUCCCACUUUCCGCCGCAAAUGCGUUUCAGACUAGUCCAUUAUUCGUGACGCAUUCCACCGUGCUGUCGUGCAGUUCUCUUGCAAUUUGUAUAAAUCGCUCCAGACAUCUGACCUGCUGUAUAUACCUCCGAAGUUCAUCGCGGUUCACGGUGUCGAUGGCUUUGUGGCGUCAGCAAAGGUUGUUCAGAGGCGAGUCCUUGUUUCUUGACAUGUUUCGGUCAGAUGUGGUCAUGUAACCGCACCUGAGGUAGACAAACUCCAGCCACCUGUAAUACGGGACCGCUGGUAAUAGGAGUUUUUGCAUAAGAGGGUCCGGGAACGCACAGGCGGCGAGGUCAAGUAAUUGUACGCAAAAGAAAAGCUUUUGGGAAUGCGCGGUUGUACUUUGAGUGGUUGAGAAAUAGUUGCCCUAACUCUUAACUGCAGCCCUAAACCCUAACCCUGGAACAUCCAACGCGAAGGUUCGAAGGAGAUAACAGGUCGAAAGUCAAGAAGGACCACUGGCAUUGGGCCAAAAAGCUAGGUACGACAACAAAGGAACAAGGUCGCCAGCACCGCAACGCACAACAACAUGCCAACGUAAUCACACCAACUCAAAAUAAUUAAGUGGGUAAAUAGUAUUGUGUCCAUCCGGGGGCGGCUACAUAACGUUUUACCCAUAUUUCUGCUGAUUUGUGAACUGCGAUGACCAGAUAUUUCCAGAAUCCGUACUGUGUUUCUGAAGGGAGUCUGUGUCUCAGGCGUGUAUUCGACUUAUUGAGUGGCAUGCCAGCGAUCACCUUGGUCGCAGUGCUCAGGAAGAUUUCUCACUGACCGUCACACAAUUGAUGGUUUCCGUUCUGUUUGUAGGGCUAGGGGCAUCCUCAUCAGAAUUGUGUCUGUGCGGCAGUUGAGGGCCCAUCGUUUUCGCAUACUUUUAUUGCGAUUUGGUCGGUGUCCGUAACUUCUCCAAUGGACAUCAUUUGAACUGCCCUGAUCGCCUCACGAAGGACAGGAAAGGGAGCACCGAGGCCAGCAUUCGGUGCUAUUUUUGGUAGUCAGUUAACGAUUCCCCCGCAGAUUUAGUAUGGGAACGCUCCAGCCAGUGGAUCAGUCGGCAAUUUCUCUGACUAUGAGGUUCCGUUUUCUGGGCUGGGAAGCAGCCCUGUCCCCUUGCGUUGAUGACCGGGAACUGCCUCGAUGUUCACACAGAAGCUUCACGUGUCGCUGUGGUCUGCUUAUCGUUGGAUUUCUUCCGCCAGCCAUUUUGCUUCUCUUUUGGCCUCCCCUGCACCUGGCUUAGCAUCGAAAUAAUACGGCGGUCCUGUCAUUGGUAUAGGUCUUUUGUAGUCAAUUCGGGGCCGAAGUCUCGAAUUUAUUCGUUACCGUCAACUCAGUCUUGGUGUCGCCCAUGUGAGCAGCCAAGGCUUUCAAAGUAGUGACGUUAACGCUGUCAACCAGUUUUUUCCGUUCGACUUUAACUUUAUCUAUCCCCAGGACUUACAGUCGUCAUGCGAAGAAAAUCCCGUCCCACUCAUUAAGCAUCUAGCGGGCUCCUCAUUUUUUUAUUUAUGUCGCGUUUGAGGGGCUGAUUCUGAAUUGUCCUUUAUAGGCAAGUUACCUCGGCCUGUUGAUUGACCUUAAUACGGUACCUUUUCAUGCGUUUUGCAAGUCAGCUCUGAAUACACGAAGACAUAAAACGCAUGCGGCUCAAGUCGACUUUCUAACCCAUUUUUUUUUCAUGCAGAUACCUAAUUACGACAAACCAGAGUAUCUUAAUGAAAUCACCCGUCGACUAUCAGCAGUCCUAUCGGCAAAGGCCUCGAGAGGGUAAGCUGAACAUAUUUUUUUUGCCUAACAGCUCACCGACGACUUAUUAAAACGCCACGAUCACACGAAAAACGAACUUAGUGACCGUCACUCUCUUCUAUUCACGUAUUGAUUAUUUUGGGAAAUUAUGUUUAUGCCGGUGUUUUCUGCACCACAUUAGAGUCUAGUUAACAUUUAAUCACACCUAGUUGUUAGCUGCAGCAGUAAUUUUGACCCAAGGUGCUUCUCUUAACUGGACCGAAGCCAGUGUUUCGUUCUCCGGCUACUUUUGAUGUAUGAGUAGCUUUAAUAUUCUCAUCUCGUUGGCACUCUCGUGUGGGUCUGGUGUGCAAUUUGGAACUUCGACCAUUUUACCCACUUAACUUACGUUACCCAUGUUCUUGGAUUUCAGGAUUCCAUACACAAAACCUUACAACAAUCGUGACGUUGGGAAUGUGGAAUAUAGAUCAAGAGGCUCUGGAUAUUCGAGACCAGGUAGUUCAUACGUCCGCCUUUCUUAGGCUUGCAAAGUUACGCCGAAUUUACUGGACAAUUUUGUUUAAAAAACUGUUUCAGUAGCCAUUAAGUACCCCUAAAAUGCCAAAUUUUGUCCGCCUAGUUACCAUACGAUCCGUUCGCCAAAUCGCCUCCUUUCUAAGCAUUUCAUGACAGGCGCCUUGGUUCAUAAAGUGGAUAAAUCAGAAAGAAAAUAUCUCCUUUUGAAAAACCUAGUGCAGAGAUAUACGAUUGUUGUCCCUUCAGUUGCGCGUUUGGUUGUUAUUUUCUCUUCACCACACCAUUGAUAAUUUAUGGGAUGUUUUUUAGCCCUAUGCUGAACGAGGAAAUGCUCAACCACUCCUGUCCCUGUAGUGGUGUAGACACUUUAGAAGGUGGGUAAUCCAGUGUUCCACGUCUGUUCACACUGUGGGUGAUCUUGAUCGGGCCGGUGGCAAGUAAUGCAAAGGUUGACCUGCAUUUGUUGGCGAAUUCCCUGUCGUUGUCGGGCGACGGAUGUCAUAUUAUCAACGCCUCGCCCUAUGAGGGUUACACAGUGUCCCCUGCAGUUUGUCUGGAAAAUCUGCCGAGUAUCUUUGCGUUUGGAAGAAAGCUUUUUUUAGGUUUUUUCCUGCCCUCAUCCUUCACCAAACAGGUAACUCGGUUUUUUCCAGUUGCGGUGAAUCCGUGUAUUCGUAGCUUUCGGCGACAGAUACUCCGCGCUUGGACCUUUGACAUUCGUAAACAUACUGGCUGCUCUUUCCGCCUUCUCCAUGUUUCACGGCAGACCGAGGCCAUGCAACUUUUGAAGGCUUGUUAACCACUUCUGCAGACCGAAUAUGGACAUUUAGGACGCCCACAAAAGUGUUUAUCCCAGUAUUGUUCGACCUGUGCAUUUUCGAAGGUAUCUUAGGGCUUUUUGCUAGAUCUCUCAGUUGCGUGUCGCCAGUUGUUAUGUAAGGCGGGGCACAAACGGGAAUCGCAGAAAGAACGAGCCUACCACGCCAAUCCUCACGCACGCCAACUUCUCACUCUUCUCGUCCAAGACGUCGUAUUCAGGAGCAACCUCGUUUCCUAACUAGGGCGUGCCAACCGUUUAUCCUCGGAGUAAUCGCGUGGCCACAGACCCCGCGUGAAUUACAGGCGCCGCAAUUUCACAUAGGACCGGGAUUAUGUCGAUUUGCUGAGUCCUCUUGUUGGUCAGCGUGGCGAUUUGCUGUCGCGCGUGAACCCCUAUCAAUGGCUGCAGUGGGUUCAGUUUCGGGCCCCCUUAACACCUCUGAGUCGAGCGCCCCCAAAUUUGCGACCAAUCGUGUGUGUGCCUAGAUCUGUCUUAAUAAUGUCUAGGUCAUUCUUUGUCUCAGGACACCAGCGAUACUCUGGAUCUCCUUUUUAUGGUUCCGUGGCAUUAGGUGAGAAUGCGGCUUUGCUCAACAAGAUGACUUUCGGAGAACAGACAUCACAUUAUUCCUUCUGUGUCCUCAAACUCAUACUGCCUUUGAAGGAGUUUCGAGCCCAUUAUUUCCAAGGCCGUGGUGUAGACCGCCUAGAGUAACGCACUCUAGUGAUCAUGAACACUUAUUGCCCCUAGGAUGCAUUCGGAUCGUUCUUCCAGGGGAUAAAAACCGCUUUCUUUCCUUAUUUUGCAAAACGGUUGUGACACGAAAAGGGGCUUCGGAUUUCGUCGUUUUAUUCCUACAUCGCGUGGCAGAUUGGUCGACCGCGCUUCACAGGAACGGAUGUCGUGUUGAGCGCAAUUUAGAGUAUCUAUUCUGCCCUUGUCCCGUCAGCGUUUAUACAUAGGGGUUACCUGUCAGUUGGACGACGGCGGGGUUCCACUGCUAAUCGUCCUUAGUUCAUUAUACGUUCAAGGGGCACACAUGCGUUAUUCCUCCAGUAUCAUCCUGGUGGCUGAUACAAGAGUAAUCAAAAUAAAUUGCACGACUUGGUUCGGUUUGUCCUUUCUCUGUCGGCUUUACUGUGCGAAUACUAGUCCCAUUCCAGUGGUGUCUCACCGCUCUAGUUGUAAGGCAGGGCAUGCUGACUUUGCUUUGCCCUGUAAAGUCGCAAGCGCAGGGCACCGCGUAGAGACAAGCAAUCGGUGAUGCAACUGGCAGAGCGUCUGAUUCAAAUGCUUGUUGGCCGGCCGACCGGGCCUGGGGCUGGUCACUAACUAAGAAAUUUGAAGUGGCUCUUUCAGUCGUCCCUGUUUUUUCAGUAUUCCUUCUGAAACAGUAGGCCUUGCGGUUUUUCCCACAGUAGUAUGAAACGUCGGACCCCAUAUGACAUUUGUGUCUCUGUUGUACUGUAUGUUCUACUGUGUGCCUCACAAAACCGUCUCAGUUAGCGAUGGUUUGACAUUCACACAUGCUACACUUUUUCGAAGUAGAUGUUCAUGUAAAGGGACGCUGAACCUCUAUAUUGUCUUCGUUGUAGUGUUUGUUGGUCCGGCCGAUGUCCCAAAGGGCCCCUCCUACUUCCUGGCAAGUUUGCAUUACUUUGGCCCUUCCAUUGCCCCUUACUUUCAGACAUUCGCUAAAGAUCCUCAGACCCCGUUGUCUGCGUGGAAUACAAUUACUUUCAGGCUUUGCUUGCGGUGUUUAUUUCCAUUUUUUGCCUAUCCAUGCCUUUUUUGCGCGCACAUGGUUUGUUAGAUAUUUGUUACUUGUUUAUAUAGCACGAUGAUCGUGACGGUGCCCAGCCCUUCAGAAGUAGAUUUCGGGGCAACUCUGGCUACUCCAGAACGGACUGGCGGCAGACAUCUGACAAAGACUACUAUGGUGCGUCGAGUGCUGUAAACUGCGGUGUUUGGAUCGUUAAACACCUAUAUUGUCCUCUUAUUUUAAUGCCACCGCCUUAUACGCAUGUUGCAUUAGGUGCGCGAUACCGGGCGCGCAAUCGUUCGCGCUACAGUCCAGAUGUGGAGAACGGUUCCCCACAACGUCAGCGCAGACGUCCGCAAGCGGGCAGUGGAGCCUUUGAGGACAGCCGCUGGACUCAUGACAAGUACCUGGAGCUCGAACACGAGGAUGCAGAUCGUCGCCCCCCUGACUCAUAUUCACCUUCUUCUCCAACAUUGUCGAUUUCAGAAAGGACCAAAGAUGACAAAUCCCAAUUACUCGGUGAGGAAGGAGCCUCGUCCACGACCCCGAAAGGACGGGAGGGCGCAAAGAUGGAGACAGAGGCGCCGUCUUCGGAUGAUUAG